CCUGGCAACGUUUGUCUUGCCAAAACAAUUUGUUUUGGAAUCAUUUUAUCGAAUAUUUAGGAUUGUAUUCAUCAUGUCAACACGUUGGUAUCCUAUCUACCAGAGAGGUAAUCCGCAGUUACGUGUAUUUUUACCUAACUUUUGGUUGAAACUAAUUCGACCGGAACACGAUCAACCUCCAAACGUGGUUCAGUUCGCCUGCUCAAUGGAAAUGACCAAGUACGAUGUGAAGAAUUACCUGCAGAAAAUUUACAACGUUCCUGUGGUUGAUGUUCGAACCAGAAUAGCAUGUGGACCUACCAAACGGGAUCAAGUGAUGGGUUACGUUACCAAAAACGAAGAUACUAAAUUGGCGUAUGUCACAUUGCCUAAAGAUAUGAAGUUCGAGUUCCCUGAUCUUUUCCCGGAAGCAGCCAAACAGCAACAAGAAGAGGACAAGAAAUCCUUGGAUGAAGCAAAAAAUAACCACAAGAAAUACCUUGAAAAGAACAAGCAUAGGCCUGGAACACCGGGAUGGUUUACAAUAUAAUUAAAACUAAAAGGGUUUAACUCGAUGGCCUUAAAAAUCCAUGUGGUGAUAAAAACAAAUUUGGACCAUAUUGUUUCAAUUGGACAUGCGCUGCCCAACGUUGGUUGUUUCCUCUAGAUAUCGAACAUUUUGCUUACAUUUCGGACAAUGCUGGAAAUCCAUUAAAUAGAAAACCUGGAGAAUGGAA